CAGCGAGCGCGGAGGCUGGGGUCGCAUCCCGCUAUGCGAGAGACUCUGAGGCCCGCAGCACAACACUAAAUUUGUAAUGAGAUGGAGUCUGGGUCAAGCUCUUUUCGAGUGGAAUUUCCAGAUUUUUCUAGCACCAUUUUGCAGAAGUUAAACCAGCAGCGCCAGCAAGGACAAUUAUGUGAUGUGUCCAUUGUAGUUCAGGGCCAUCUCUUCAGAGCCCAUAAAGCUGUUCUUGCAGCUAGUUCACCUUACUUCUGUGAUCAGGUUCUCCUGAAAAACAGCAGGCGAAUAGUCCUGCCUGAUGUGAUGAAUCCCAGGGUAUUUGAAAACAUUCUUCUGUCUACCUAUACAGGUCGGCUGGUAAUGCCUGCUCCAGAAAUUGUUAGUUAUUUGACAGCAGCAAGUUUCCUUCAGAUGUGGCAUGUAGUGGAUAAAUGCACUGAAGUGCUAGAGGGGAACCCAACAGUUCUGUGUCAGAAGAUGAAUCAUGGCAGUGAUCAUCAGUCCCCGAGCAGUAGUAGUUACAAUGGCCUUGUUGAAACCUUUGAACUCGGCUCUGGAGGACAGACGGAAUUCCACAAAGUGCAGGAACUAAGGGAUGGCGAAAAUGAAGAAGAGAGCUCUAAAGAUGAACUGUCAUGUCAACUGACAGAACAUGAGUACCUUCCCAGUAAUUCUUCAACAGAACAUGAUAGACUUAGCACUGGAAUGACAAGUCAGGAUGGUGAAGAAGGAACUAGUGAUAGUGCAGAGUAUCAGUAUACCAGACCUAUGUAUAGCAAACCCAGCAUCAUGUCUCACAAGCGGUGGAUCCAUGUGAAACCAGAAAGAUUUGAACAAGACUGUGAAGGUGUUGAUAAUCCUUAUGAUGAACACCAGGUUUCUGAAUCCAUGAAUGCCAUUCAGGCAGAUCAUUCAAUCCAGUCUUCAGGUGUUGAAGACUUUCAUAUAGGUGACAAAAAGAUGGAAGCAGAAUUUGAUGAACAGGCAGACGAAAGUAAUUAUGAUGAACAAGUUGACUUCUAUGGCUCUUCUAUGGAAGAAUUUUCUGGUGAAAGGGCAGAUGGAAAUUUAAGUGCUCACAGACAGGAUCUUAUGAUAGCAGCAGGCUAUGGUGAAGGCAUUGAAAUGGCUACGGGAAUUAAAGAAGAAACAUCGCUCACUGGAUUCUCACAUGCUGAUAAGCUGUAUCCUUGUCAGUGCGGAAAGAGCUUUACACACAAAAGUCAGAGAGAUCGGCAUAUGAGUAUGCACCUUGGUCUUCGACCUUAUGGCUGUGGUGUCUGUGGUAAGAAAUUCAAAAUGAAACACCAUCUUGUAGGCCACAUGAAAAUUCAUACAGGCAUAAAACCAUAUGAGUGUAACAUCUGUGGGAAAAGAUUUAUGUGGCGGGACAGUUUUCAUCGGCAUGUGACCUCUUGUACCAAGUCAUAUCAAGCUUCUAAAGCUGAGCAGAGUACUACUGAGAUGAACUAAGACAUUAGUGCUUACAUUUGUUUAGUAGAGUAAGCAAAAUAAACUAAUUAUGCAAAUAAUGUCUGGUACUUGCUAUUGUAAAUUCUCAAAAAAACAAGUUUUAAUGAUUAUGCUGGUAUAAGCAGACCAAACUUUUAUUUUCCACAGUAUUACUCCAGGUGUUCAAUGUGUGAAGUGCAAAUGGUUAAUCUGAAAGGUGCUUGCAAAAUGAGGUCUGUAAGGUCUUUGUGACAUUAAUCAUGAUCACAGCAGUAUUUAGAAGCCCUGUUGUUUUUCUAAGUCUUCUAAACUCACAGUAAAACCCAGCUCUAAAUUGACCCAAAUCCUGCAACUACUUAGAUGAAGCAGGAAUUCGAGUAGCCCUACUUAAUGAAAAAGAGAACUAGGAUGACCAAACCAGGUUAUGAGAUUCACAUUUUAAUGAAAAAAAAUUAGAAUUCCACUUCAAACUGGAGACUGCCAACAUACUUAACAUGCAUCAUUAGAUAGUCUAUAUCAUUAAAUAGCCUUUGUAUUGCUUAAUGAAAGGCUGUGUUAAAGAUGGUUUGGCUUUCCUUUAUCUUCCAUUUUUUUUUAAUCCAUCUUCAGUAAAACAAACGUCUACUUUUGCGCUGAUUUCUAUUUAGACUCUGUAAAGCACUUAAAUAUAGUUGAGCACUAUAUAAACUUCAAUCUGUAUUAUUUGUCUUUGCUCCUCUAGGGUCUAAUGCUGUAUGACUCUUGGCUUGACUUGAUUUUGAUUGCUACAUUGUGAGAGCAGCUAGAAGUGUGUGUAAUAAGUAUGUCUUGUCC